ACUUAAAGAUGAUUUGUAAAAUAUGUUUUGUUCAAAAUAUGAAAUUUUAAAUUAAUCUAAAAAUUUACAUUGGUUGGUAUAUUUUUUUUCAUAAAAUUAUUUUUAUUAGGUCCUUUUCGGUGCUGGGACCUGGUUAGGACCGAGUCGGCUUUUGUAAUUACAUUUGACUUAAUAAUUACAGAGGAUCUUGUGAUUGGUUGGUAUAUGAUUUAUUUCGUUUCUAGUUUAUUUAUACAGUUUAAAGAAAAUUUUCAAGCUUUUGUGGUCAUUUCCACUAGCGUGCACAGGGUGGGGCAACAUGGGGCAACUGCCCCACCAUCCUCAGAACAUUUUUCUUAUUUUUGUCAGGGGGUGUCCAUAAAUGACGGAAUUUUCAAAACGUCCAUAGCAUUGCCCCACCUUCCUCGAUGAGCUGGGCACGCUAGUGGUCAUUUCAUAUAAAUAAACAAAAAAAUGAAUUAUAUCAAUAAGAAAUUUAUUCAAUUUGAAUCACUUUGGAUUAACACUUUUUAUUCAUUUAAAAUCGUAAGCAAAACAAAAUAACACAAAAAAAAAUUAAUGUAUUUCAAGCUUUUAAUAAACUGCUUAUUGUUGAAGUUUAGAUUCCCACCGAUUAACAGUAUUGAGCUAAUUCUAUGAUUUUAUGCUAGUAAACAUAACAAAUAUUAGGAAAAAAUAGAUUAUACGCAUGUUUUAAAAAUGUCCCGGGAUUCUGGGAAAUCCCGGGAUUCAAAAAAUAUUUUUCCCGUUUCCCGGGAAAUUCAAAACCCGGGAAAUAGGGACGCUCUACAAUUGAUCUUGUAAGUAACACUUAAAAAAAUAGCGUACGAUCGUGUUAAAAAUUAUGAAUUAACACGAAUAAAACUCUCGUGAAGCAUGAUUAAGGAGGAGGAUUUCUGGAACUAAAACUAAAAAAUGUAAGAAAAUCACAAAGAUUAAUCUGAUAUAUUACCUGAUUAAGAUCAAAUUCAGUUGUGUUGAUUUCGACACCGUCUUUUACCCAGUCACGAAAUAUUCUAACAGAGCUGGUUCUGCCAGAAUCCUGCUAGAACGGUGGAACAUUUUUGCUAGAAUGCUGUAAGAAUAUCCAGCUCUGUGAGAACCCUGCUAGAAUCUUGCUAGAACGUCGUGACUGGGUAGGACUCAAAAUCGAACUAUCCCUUUAUGCGUAAACACAAAUAGCCACGGGGUUGGGCACAUGGUUGAUCCGUAGCGCAUUGGAUUUACUUCCGUAAAUAUUCCGUAAUUAUCGUAAAUAUUAUUCAUCUGCACGAUAUUCGGCACCAAAUUUUGUUCAGAAUGGAUAAUGACAGUUAAGAACUGUCACUUGUUUGUUUCCUUCGUUUUCAAACUGUCACCGCUCCAAUACAUUUAUUUUUCGAGCUUGAUAUAUUUUUUUCACCUGCGGAACCGAUCUUCGCAACAACCUUCCCUGCAAUCCACCUGCAAUCUGUGCAAGAAGCCCAGUGCGGAUCUGCGCUCUGUCCCGGAAACCGCCGACAAGAUCAUCGACUGCCUCGGACUUGGGAUUUCACCGGAGGUCGAUCCGACGGGGCAAAUUUGCGCCGGCUGUGCCGAAAGCGUCGACGCGCAGCAUGCAUUCCGGACGCGAGCCCUGCACUGCAACAGUUACUUAGAGAACGGGCUGGAGGACAAGGAAGACGAUGACGUGUGCCGAUUCUGCUUGAAGGCGGAUGGCGGGGCGGUGUUGGUCGAGUUGAUUCCGGGCAGCGGCGGGAGCGUGGCGGAUGAGGUGCAAACGGUGCGGGAUUGUUUAGGGGUUGAGAUCAACAGCUGGGACACAUUGACGAAGAUUUGCAGGGAUUGCGGUGGCGGGUUAAAGACAGACCCUGCUGUGGAUUGGAAGUGACCACGAGGAUCGUAACUUUGACGUGCUGGAUGAAACGGUUGAGGCGGUUGAGGUUGUCUUUGAGGAAUAUCCGUUCGAUCUUCGGUUGGUCUUGUUGGACGGGAGUUCGCUGUGGCAUUGUGUUCAGUGCAAGCUGCGAGAUUGUCGCGUGAAGCUGAAGAUUGCCGCGUAGGGAAUGUUGGCCACAUUCGGGGGAUCAAUCGACAAGCAUAACCACAUGAUCGAGCUGGACAAGCUGAUGGAGUGUCCGGAGGGGAAAGGGAUGGUUCAGUUUGACGGUAAGGAGCAACCAUUUUGGCUGCUGUACGGCGAACGCGCCAAUAAUGUGGAUAUUUACAAAAUCCUCCAGCAGAAGGGUCCCGCACGCAACUUUAAGGUGCUUCUGCACAUGGUCAGACAAAUGACAAAUUCGGCAAAUAAAUUGCAAUCGUACGCAACGCAACGCUCAUGAUUAUUGUUUUUUUUAUCAUAUUUAACAAUACAAAAAAAAAUAAAGCUGAAACCACAAAUAAAAAGGUGCAGGUGGUUAUGUUACACAUGACCAGUAUGACAAAGAACUUAGCAGAAAAGCUUUUAAAAUUAAGCAAUUUUGUUGAGUUAUGCGUCAGAUAAAAUCAAAACAUUAUUGGAUUUAUAUUUUCGUUUAAUUUCUCUUUAAGCUCCGUAUUAAAAAACCAUGAUAUCUCUAUAAUUCGAUGUUUGUCCCCCAAUCGGAACAAUCGUGAGGUAGCGGCCUCUCCAGAUUGUUGCCACCUUUUUCGAAAUGGCCAGUAUUGUAAACCAUGAGUUGUGAUACCCAUAUUGCCAAAACUCGUUGGUUCAAUAGAUGUCUUCCCGGGAAAACUUUCCUUUAGGGCACCGGCCACUGCAGCUUUUGGUUAACUUUUUCUAAAUUGCCAUUUUCAUUACCAAUAUCAAAAACCAUGAAAUUUGAUACCAAUAUUGCCCAAAACCGUAUGGUUCGGUAAAUGUCCUCCCGGGAGAACACGCCUGAGGGCACCGGCCACUCCAGGUUGUAGCCAAUACUGUCAAAUUGGCCAUUUUCAUCACCAGUAUCAAAAUCCAAGAAGUUUGAUACCCAUGUUGUCCAGUCUCGUAUGGCCUUCCAUCGGAACACCCCUAAGGAAUCUGGCCACUCCGGGUCUUGUGGCAAGAAUAUUCCGGUGGCUCUCAAUUAUUCUGGCUGGCCUGCCUCCGCUUGGUCUGCUCCUAGCUCCGGGCUAGCUGCUUUUCGGCCAACUGAUUCUGGUCCUCCAGGCCAUCUGCUUCCAGGUCCAGGUUGUUGUUUACUCCUCGGCGUCCAACGAUAGAAUGAUUUCCCAGGGUUGACCGAGCGGGGUUAUAUUGGCUUAGAAUGGUGACGGAUGCCCCGCCCCUUUCCGCCGGUUAUCCCAUUCCUACGUCAUUCGCUUUUUGAUGCACUGGUGGGGAUAAGAAGUCGUAAAGGCAGCAUUUUUGCCAACGAUUUUCAUUCCAUCGUCAUCGUUCGAACCGACAACAUCAUAGCAGCAGCAGCAGCAGCGGAAAAAAAACAACGACUGGAGGAAAUCAAGAGCGAGCUCCGAGAAGAAGAAACACGCCAGCGUGUGCGAGAAAUUGCUGCCAAAACGACGUCGAAGGAGAAAAACAAGGCCUACUUGGAUGGACGCUCGAGAAGAUGGCCACAAGAAUCAACUUCUGCUGCAAUUUAACAAAAUGGCGCUUUUCAGCGCCAACGAAAAAUUCACGAAAGAGUUAUUGUUUCAAAUGAUUUAUGCACUGCUUGUUGUGCAUUUUUAAAGCUUUUGACGCUUGGCGUUUAAUUUUAUUUAAAUACUUCCCCCAAAAUUUUCAUUAAAAAAAAAUGAACGAAUAUUAACAAUUUUCGCUUGCAAGUGUCAAUGGUCAAUCGAUCGCAGUUGGCCUUGAACAAGCAAGCGCGUGCUUUGACCCACGCAAAAAAUCUUUCUGCUCUCUGAUUGGCUGUUUUGUUUUGCCGUGGAGUCGUGAAGGCAGCAUUUUUGCCAAUGAUUUUCAUUCCAUCGUCAUCGUUCGAACCGACAACAUCGUAGCAGCAGCAGCAGCAGCGGAAAAAAAUCAACGACUGGAGGAAAGCAAGAGCGAGCUCCGAGAAGAAGAAACACGCCAGCGUGUGCGUGAGAUUGCUGCCAAAACGACGUCGAAGGAGAAAAACAAGGCCUACUUGGAUGGACGCUCGAGAAGAUUGCCACAAGAAUCAACUUCUGCUGCAAUUUAACAAAAUGGCGCUUUUCAGCGCCAACGAAAAAUUCACGAAAGAGUUAUUGUUUCAAAUGAUUUAUGCACUGCUUGUUGUGCAUUUUUAAAGCUUUUGACGCUUAGCGUUUAAUUUUAUUUAAAUACUUCCCCCAAAAUUUUCAUUUUAAAAAAAAACAUACGAAUAUUAACAAUUUUCGCUUGCAAGUGUCAAACGUCAAACGAUCGCAGUUGGCCUUGAACAAGCAAGCGCGUGCUUUGACCCACGCAAAAAAUCUUUCCGCUCUCUGAUUGGCUGUUUUGUUUUGCCGUGGAGUCGUGAAGGCAGCAUUUUUGCCAACGAUUUUCAUUCCAUCGUCAUCGUUCGAACCGACAACAUCGUAGCAGCAGCAGCAGCAGCGGAAAGAAAUCAACGACUGGAGGAAAUCAAGAGCGAGCUCCGAGAAGAAGAAACACGCCAGCGUGUGCGUGAGAUUGCUGCCAAAACAACGUCGAAGGAGAAAAACAAGGCCUACUUGGAUGGAAGCUCGAGGAGAUGGCCACAAGAAUCAACUUUUGCUGCAAUUUAACAAAAUGGCGCUUUUCAGCGCCAACGAAAAAUUCACGAAAGAGUUAUUGUUUCAAAUGAUUCAUGCACUGCUUUUUGUGCAUUUUUAAAGCUUUUGACGCUUGGCAUUUAAUUUUAUUUAAAUACUUCCCCAUAAAUUUUCAUUUUAAAAAAAAUGAACGAAUAUUAACAAUUUUCGCUUGCAAGUGUCAAACGUCAAACGAUCGCAGUUGGCCUUGAACAAGCAAGCGCGUGCUUUGACCCACGCAAAAAAUCUUUCUGCUCUCUGAUUGGCUGUUUUGUUUUGCCGUGGAGUCGUGAAGGCAGCAUUUUUGCCAACGAUUUUCAUUCCAUCGUCAACGAUCGCAGUUGAGCUUUGAACAAUUGCUCAAAAUCAUAUGGUUCGGUAAAUGUCCUCCCGGGAGAACUUCCCUGAGGGCACCGGCCACUCCAGGUUGUGGCCAAUACUGUCAAAAUGGCCAUUUUCAUUACCAGUAUUGAAAACCAAGAAGUUUGAUACCCAUAUUGCCCAAAAUCGUAUGGUUCUGUUAAUGUCCUCCCGGGAGAACCUUCCUGAGGGCACCGGCCACUCCAGGUUCUGGCCUACACUGUCAAAAUGGCCAUUAUCAUUUCCAGUAUUAAAACCCAUGAAUUUUGAUACCCAUAUUGCCAAAAAUCGUAUGGUUCGGUAAAUGUCCUCCCGAGUAAACCUCCCUGAGGGCACCGGCCACUCCAGGUUGUGGCCAAUACUGUCAAAAUGGUCAUUUUCAUUACCAGUAUUGAAAAACAUGAAUUUUGAUACCAAUAUUGCCCAUAAUCGUAUGGUUCGGUAAAUGUCCUUCCGGGAGAACCUCCCUGAGGGCACCGGCCACUCCAGGUUGUGGCCAAUACUGUCAAAAUGGCCAUUUUCAUUACCAGUAUUGAAAAUCAAGAAGUUUGAUACCCAUAUUGCCCAAAAUCGUAUGGUUCGGUAAAUGUCCUCCCGGGAGAACUUCCCUGAGGGC